UCCUGCUGCUGUCCGCCCGUGUUUGUGCGGGCGUCGCUCAGGGUAAGGAUGGGCAAAGGGUCCGGCCCCGGAUGGUGGUCGGGAGGGGAGGACGCUGUGCUCUUCCUGCUGCUGUCCGCCCGUGUUUGUGCGGGCGUCGCUCAGGGUAAGGAUGGGCAAAGGGUCCGGCCCCGGAUGGUGGUCGGGAGGGGAGGACGCUGUGCUCUUCCUGCUGCUGUCCGCCCGUCGCUCAGGCUCUGUAAUAAUGAUUCACCAACCUCUCCUCAUCUCACUUCGAAAGGGACGUCCCUUUAGAGGCUGUGCCCUGGGAUCCCCUACGAACGGAGGCAUCCUCCCACGUCUACUCGAGCCAGGCCUUUCAGUAUUCGAUGGUGACCCCUUGUACUCCGAACCCUGGCUACAAUCAGUGAGUCUGAACAGGAGUAUUGUCAAGAAUGGGUUUCAUCGGGAGCUACUGAUAGACGUUAAGCUUAAUGAAGGUGCUCACCGUGACUGCUGCAUUAUGAUUAAGGAGCAAUUGCCCCAAGGACUUUAUGUAGAUCCAUAUGAGCUUGCAUCACUGCAUGAACAUAGCAAUGCAAAGGUAUUUGUUCAGAAGGAGAUCGAUAUUGAAGCUCCAGCAUACCUAUCACCUGUGCACACAGUUAUCAUCUACCUCAAUCCUGACCCUAGCAACCCUGGACAUUUUGUCGGCACAGUCCCAGUGCACAUACGGUACCAUCGACCAACUGCUACAGAGGAAACCAACACACUGGUCAUCCUUACGCAUCCACACUUGAUGAUUCACUGCCAAAGAGAUAAUCCAGUACAGGUAAGAUGGAACCUUAGUGUGUCUGAAGAUCGCUGCUCAGUGAGCAACCCCAGUGCCUAUCAGUGGGUGAAUAUUACCUAUCAGAAUGUUGUAGAAAUCUUAACACUCGAGGUUCCUGUUGGGCAGAAGAAGCAUGCGUUGGUUGUGACAGCUGCGACAUUACUGUCUACCGUUCUGUGCUGCAGUCUACUUUUGAGAGUUGUAUGGAUGCAUGGCCAGUUUGAAUCCUAAUUUUAAAACAAUGAGAAACUGUUAAAAGGUGCAGUUGCCAAUCUUUUUGGAAUGGACUACUACCAUGGAUUUGGCCAUGGAUUUAAUGGUUGCCAUGGAUAUCGUGAUUUUGAAGAUUUCAGAAAUCUUCAUGGCUUUUUUGAAAUCACAGUUUUACAUAAUUUGAACAAGCCUGGUGUAAUGGGCUGGAUUAAUCAGACCCAAACUGUUUGAGUUUCCAGGAGAUGUGGUAACAAGCGUACAAGCAGAACUAAGUAACUUAAGACUAAUUUGUUAUCAUAAAAUAAAAGCACAAGUAAACCAGACAAAAUACUACAUGGCAGAGAUUUCUGGGCUCACAGUUCUUGGUCACCACUUGAUUGUUGCUGCUGUCGGGGGAACUCCGAAUUCUGAUUGAUGAAACCAGCCUUUGGUCGCAGGCAGCAACACGAUCCCAGUUCCCGUGAAAGUUCAAAGAAAAUCCAACACAGUCUAUCCACAAGCUUCAGAAGUGGAGAGAUAAACACUUUGUUCUCCUCCGUUAGCACAGCAUUAAGCAUAACCCCAUAAAUCAGUCAUUUUAACUCCUCCUUAUCUAGUAACAGAAAACAUUACUUGAGUUUACAAAGUACUUUAAUGUUUACAUAUAAGCAAUAAGCCUGAAGAAAGACAUUCUAUUAACAAACAUUCUUAGUGUUUCUCAUUAACAGACAUUCUACAGAAAUUAACGUGCUAUAAGAUCAUAAAGAGCUAGGGUCAUCUGACCUGACAGACAUUCAUUUAACAUUUACAAAUCACAUAUGCUACACCUGACUGCUUAACUUUGCAAGGCCUGUUUACAAUAUAACACUGUUGUUUUGAUUAUUGACUGCUGCUUCCACUGAAUAAGACUUCACAAUGGACAUGUAGCAUCAUUGGAUUGUAUGUAUAACAUUACAUUAGUUCUUUAUAUGCAAUCAUGCUUACAGUGGUGUGUUUUUCCACUGGUUCUUGGUGUCUUUAUUCUCAAUUUUCCCAUGAUUUGGGACAAAAAUAUCAUGACCACUCAGGCCAAACUAAUUGUGGCAAAAUUCCUGGACUGUAAACUGAGUUUUCGUUUUGAGUAUUUAUACACUUUUGAAUAUUGUGGCUGAAUCUACUUUCACUUUUAUCUUGGACUGAGUAUUCAUGUAUUUUUCUCAUGCUUUUCAAAAUACCCUUGUUCUUGUGUGGUGGAAAAUGAAAUAAUAUACCUAUGCUAACCACAAACUCCCUCAAGUUCGGCACCACAUUUUGUGGGAAAACAGUGGGUGUCUGAAUACAAGAAGCGAGUUAGCCUGGAAAUAUUCUUAUAAACUUUGCACGUACUGUAUAUGUGGGCUUUUAUCUCCAAUACUUGUGGAGUCCUUAAAAUUUCUCAGAUUUUCCUCAGUAAGCCAUUCUGGUAUCAUUCAAUUGAGGGGGGGAGGUUACAAUUUUAAGGUCAGGAUGACAUUUAAUAGCUGUCAACACAUUACAUUGUGCAUUUCACAACAUAUGUUAGAAUCACCGACAUGUGUCGUGGAAUUUGUCAUUAUGCAGCAGCAGUACAUUGCAAUAUAUAAUAAAAACUAUGAAAAAAUAUAUAGUUAAUUUAAGUAAGUAAUGCAAAAAAAAGUAGUGAGAUAGUGUUCAUGGGUUCAAUGUCUGUUCCGAAAUGGAAUGGCAGAGGGGAAGAAGCUGUUCCUGAAUCAUUGAGUGUGUGCCUUCAGGCUCCUGUACCUCCUUCCUGAUGAUAGCAAUGAGAAGAGGGCAUGUCCUGGGUGAUGUGGUUCUUAAUGAUGGAUGCUGCCUUUUUGGGGCAUUGCUCCUUGAAAAUAUUCUGGAUGCUGGAGAGGUUUUUGCCCAUGAUGGAGCAGACUGGGUGUACAAUGUUUUGCAGCUUAUUUCGAACCUGUGCAGUGCCCCACCUCAUACCAUACCAGAGGGUGAUGCAGCCAGUUAGAAUGCUCUCCAUGGUACAUCUGUAGAGUGUCUUCGGUGACAUACUAAAUCUCCUCAAACUCCUAUUGAAAUAUAGCUGCUGUUAUGCCUUCUUUGUAACUGCACUGAUAUGUUGGGUCCAGGAUAGAUCCUCAGAAAUGUUGACACCCAGGAGUUUAAAAUUGCUUCCUGUUUCCACUUCUGAUCCCUCUAUGAGAACUGGUGUGUGUUCCCUCUUCUUACCCUUUCUGAAGUCUACAAUAAAUUCUUUGGUCUUACUGGCACUGAGUGCAAGAUUGUUGCUGUGACACCACUCAACCAGCUGAACUAUCUCACUCCUGUAUGGCUUUUUGACACCAUUUGAAUUUCUGCCAACAAUAGAUGGCAUUUGAGUGUGCCUAGUCACACAGUCAUGUGUAGAGAAAGUAGAGCAGUGGGCUAAGCACACAUCCUGAGCUGGGUCAGUGUUGAUUAUCAGUGAGGUGGAGAUAUUAUUUCCAAUUGACACAAGCUGUGGUCUUCUGGCGAGGAAGUUGAGGAUCCAGUUGCAAAGGGAUUUGCAAGCAUGAUUUACAGAGGUCUGGGAUUUGGAGCUUUUUGAUCAGAACUGUAGGAGUGAUUGUGUUAAGCACUGAACUGUAGUCAAUAAACAGCAGCCUGAUAUGAAUUAGUACUGUCCAGGUGAUCCAAAGCUUGUGAAGAACCAAUGAUAUUGCAUCCACUGUAGACCCAUUAUGGCGAAAGGCAAAUAGCAGUGCGUCCAGGUCCUUGUUGAGGCAGGAGUUGAUUCUAGCCAUGACCAACCUCCCAAAGCACUUCAUCACCAUAGAUGUGAGAGCUACUGGGUGGAAGCUCACCCUGCUGUUCUUGGGCACUUGUAUGAGUGUUGCCCUUUUGAAAUAGGUGGGGACUUCCAACUAUAGCAAAGAGGGAUUGAAAAUGUCUUUGAACAUAUCCACUAGUUGGAUGGCACAGGUUUUCAAAGCCCUACCAGGUACACCAUCAGGGCCUGUCACCUUGUGAACAUUCAUCCUCUUGAAAGAUGUUCUGACGUGACCUCCAAAACAGAGAUCACAGGGUCACCAAAUGCUGCAGGUAUCCUUAUUGCUGUAGUUUUAUUCUCCCUUUGAAAAUGUGCAGAAAAGGUAUUAAGCUCAACUGGGAGUGAAGCAUCACUGCCAUUCAUGAUGUUAGAUUUCACUUUGUUGGGACUAAUGGACUGAAACCCCUGCCACAGUUGACAUGCUUCCAAUUCAGCCUCUAACUUUAAUCAGAAUUGUUCCUUUGGUCUUAAGAUAGCCCACCAUAAGUUGUACCUGGCCGCCUUGUAUAGUCCUGGAUCACCACACUUGAAUGCCACAGAUCUCAUCCUCAGCAGCUAUGAAUCUCCUGGUUUAUCCAUGGCUUUUGAUUCAUGUAUGUAAGCGUAGGCACACCCACGUACACACAGGUUUUAAUGAAGUCAGUGACAAAUUUGGCAUAUUCAUUUAGACCCGAAGACCUGAAUCCAGUCCUGUCCACUGACUCAAACAUAAACAUCCCUUAGAAUACCUUGUUAUAAUUUACCUGUACAUAAAUUAUUGUAAGUAUUCUAAGUGACUGGAUAUAUAUUCGGUGUCGUGUGGAGAAUGGCUUAUUUACUGGUUGAAAGCUGCAUCCACCGUGUCAGUCAUUAACUGGCCCGUUUAAAAGUUGCCAUCGCCGUUUCCCAUUGGUUGGUUUGCGUACCAGGGCAUUGGAGUCCUGUUUCAGGCAUGGUCUCUUUCCUUUAGUUCCUGGAGCGCACUUCACACUGAGGUCGAAACCAGUGCUGAAGAACUAUUGGGAAAGCAUGGUUUAGACUUAAAGGUCUUAGCUAAAUAUCUCUUUGUUGAAUAUUUAGUUUUGGAAUCUGUGUAACUCAGAGGAGCAUGGAUGUUUGGUGGAAUCUUUUACUGUUUGUAAAUAAAUGAUUUUUCAUAGU